AUGCAUCUUCUUCGCGCUAUCGUUCUCGUCUCCGAGAUCCUCGCUGCAGCUGCUUUGGCCCUCCCACACAGCCAACAGCAAGCAGCUGGGAACAACGGCGUCCAGACCACCCGAGGCCGUGGCCGUGGCCGUAACAGAAACAACGGUGGUGCUGCUGGCGGUGCUGCUGGUGGCGCCGCUGGAGGAGCUACAGGCGGUGGUGCAACCGAAGGCGGCGAGGGUGAGGGUGAGGGUGAGGGCAACGAAAUCGAGCAGCAAGGCCAGUUCAACACCGUCAUCGAGCUCGGUGGUGGAGACAUCAAGACUGACACUCUCUUCCCCCCUGGUGUCAACGGUGUCCUCGAGGUCGAGUUCCAGAACCCCGCUGCCCGUCAGCUAGCCGUUGUGGAGAAUACCAAGCCUGGAAAUGCCCCCGUCGGCUUUGACUUCCUCGAGCCCGUCUCCUACCAAAUCGCCAUCAACGGUGGAACUCGCGGUCUCACUCUCCAGAAGGUUGACUACAUUCUCAACGCUGGCAACGCUCUAGAUAUCAGUAAGGGUCAAGUCGGUCGCCUUUGCACCGAGACCGACACCUUCGUCAUCGGCGCCGGCGUUGGUGAGCUCGAGUUCGAAGCCGAGGAGAACGAACUCACCCUCACGGUCGACGACCUCAAUGGCGAGUGGGCAUUCUUCGUCCCCACCGGCACCGGAGCUGCUGCUAGCGGCUCUAACUCGACCACUGGUGGCUCCAAUUCUACUGCUUCCUCCGGCGCUACCCCUUCUGCUGCGGCGGAGGGUGCCACAGCUGGGACCGGAGCUGCCUGCCAGACAUUGGCGUGUCAGAUUUUCCAAUCUCUAGGCAUUCAGCAGUAA